CAUCCCGCACGGUCCGAAAAGCCCACCCGCAUCCCCUUCUCUCUCUGUGUGUCUCGCUCGUCGUAGCUCCGACGGCCAUUUUCCUCUUCCCCUCGGAACCCUAACCCUAGUCCGGGAACGGACGAAACCCUAACCUUAGCUCGAAAGGGCUCCUAUUCGAUCGCCAUUAGCGGAGAGAUCUCCGCCCAUUCGCGGUUGACAUCCUGAGGGUGCACUUAAGAGAAAGGAAGUAUCUUACUGUCAGGACACCUGUCAUAUACUGCAUGCUUAAUUUGUAGACAAUCUGAGUUAUAAGGCUUGGUUGGUCAAGGCUGGACUCUCUAUGCCUGGGAAUGAAAUUGCUGAAGAGGUCCACAACUUCUUUGAGCAAGACAAACAUCCCAGAGUCGUCAAUCUGAAAUUGGAAAUGGGAGUUGGCCAAAUUUCAAUAGCAAUUUGCAGGCUGGAAUUCAAAGCCAGGGCGAAAUACCCCUGAAUGUUAAUUCAAAAAUUUCCACUGCUCAGUCUAUAGAUUCUGGGACAGGAAAUACCAAUCUGUCUUCACAGCCUUUUGGUGUGAUUUUCACUCAGACAAAUCUUAGUCCAUAUUUUGGUAACAGUCAGCCUAGAGACCAACAGUUAGGUUUGAAACUUUGAAAGGAUUUAUGCAUGGCUCUCAAGAUACUCAGACAAGGCCUGAUCAGUCAAAGUUUUUAGAGGAUAACUCUUUUUCUGAUAGACAUAAUUCUAUAUGUAGAGGCUUAGCUACUUUUAAUCCACUGCAGGGGAAUGCUCCUCAACACAGUUCAGGCCUUAUAAGAAAUUCAGAAACACCAGAGUUUGCCCAGGCUCCUGUAAAUUUUGACUUUCGUCGCAGUCAACAGCAGCUCGUUAGGAGCCACCUCCUAGGAACAUUACAACCUCAUCUAAGGCAGCACCCAGGUUUUAACAACAUGCAGCUGUGGCAACAACAGUUGAUGUACAACAAGCUUCAACAACUUCAGAGACAGCAGCAACUUCAGCAGCUGGAUCAAGGGGCAAGGCAGCAGAGUCUGCUUAAUCAAUUGUCUUCUGCUGCAAAGCCAGCAGCUAUCAAUCAGUUUCCUGCUCUUGUUAAUGAAAUUCCCAUCAAUGAUGCAUCUAACUAUGUAUGGCCAAAUAAUUUUGUGGGAGGUGAGUCCAAAUCACCUGGCAUUCCUCAGAUGUUUGUUGCUGGUAACAUGAACUGCACACAGCCAAGUGGCUCUCCUGCCAUGCAAAAUUUGACAAAUGGUAUGAUGUUUCCAAAUGACCAAGGCCAAACAAUUCAAGCGAUGGGGUUUGUCCCACAGCAGCUUGAUCAGUCUCUGCGUGGCAUACCAGUCUCCAGCAGCAGAGGUUCUAUGAAUCAAUACUCUGAGUUCCAAGGGAUGCCUAGUGACAAUAUGGAUAUGAUGACUAAGACACUUGGGAACCAACCAGAAAAGGCGUCUAUGCAUUCAGGUCCACUUAGAUCUUUUCAAAGUGGUCAGAGUUUUGCUGAACAAGCUGGUUUGCAGGAUAAUAUAUCAAUUUCUACACAGAGCUUUCAAGAAAAAAGUUUGUUUGGGAAUGCUUUGGUGCAGAGUGUAAGUAGUGGUGUUGCAUCAGGAAAUUUUCAACAACCAAAUCAUUUGCAGCGCCGUUUUCAGCUCCAGAAUUUUCAAGGUAUGCAGGAGCAAUCUGAUUUGUCAGGUGACUUGCAUGAAAAACCAGAAGCACAAGUAGGACCUUCUCAUGAUGCAGCAAGUUUAGAUCCGACAGAACAGAAGAUCUUGUUUGGCACUGAUGAUGAUGACAAUUGGGGGUUUUCUUUUGGAAAGAGUGUUAACUCUUGCACAGGGGGCUAUCUGCAAGGAAAUUCAUUGGACAAUGAUUAUUGUGGUGCAUUUCCAUCUGUCCAGAGUGGCAGUUGGAGUGCCCUUAUGCAGGAGGCUGUACAGGCUUCUAGUAGUGACACGGGGCAUCAGGAAGAAUGGAGUGGCUUGACUUUUCACAAAACAGAACCCUCUAUUGGAAACCAUUCAGCUAUAUCUAAUGACAAUGGGAAGCAGCAAGCAGCAUGGAAUGACAAUAACCUGCAGAACACACCUUCUUUAAUUUCAAGACCUUUGCCUUUGUUUAACAAUACUGAUGCAAGAACAAGCCUUUCUACUGCCCCUGGUUUUCAUCAUUCUUUUACAUCUACAUAUGAACAAAAUGAUAGAGUACCAGCUGAAGCUUCCCAUGAGUCCUUCCAGCGGUCAACUAGAGAAACACAGAACAAGCAGUCUUUUCAUAAUCAGAAUCAAAAGCAGUCCCUUGAGGGUGACCUCCAAUCACAAAUGCACACAAAUGACGGUGUUGGGGCUGGGCAAACACAUGGGCAGUUGGAAAGCAAUUCAUGUUAUUCAACAGUGGAGUCUAAGUCUCAUAACAUGCACGGUGUUUGGACUCACCAGCAAAACAUGCCUUUGUCAAAUACUGCUAGUCAAUUAAGUAACAAGCCAGAUGGCUGGAACAUCCAACAUUCACUGGGUAAUGAUGGCGCUAAGUAUGGUCAAAGGAAUAAUACAAACAGAAUUAUGAAUAUUGAAAGGAGUUGCGAUGGCAGUAUGUGGAAGGUUGGUGGAAAUCAAGUGACUUUGACAGGUGGAUCAGAGUCUGUGAAAUCUGAUAUUGGCAGUCCCCAGAUGCGAAGUGAUGCUUCCUGUAUGGGUAAUGUAACUAGUGUUAUGAAUUCGAGCACUUUGAAAUUGAAUCAGGAAAUGAAUCAGUAUCUAUUUAAUAGACAACAGAUUGACCGUGGAAAACAUGUUGCCCUUGAUUCCUAUGUAAAUUCUGCAAAUGAUGAAAAUUUGGGAGGAAACCUGUAUAAUAAAAGCAGUGGAUCACAAGCUUGGGAAACAACCAGAGAUAACGCUGGAAAAGAAUUGGUUGAGAACUACGAUGGCAAGCAUGAACAUUCAAAGGUGGCUUCAAAUGAAGUCUAUAGGUCAAACCAUUCAAAUCUUGGGCAGCAUGGCAGUAGUGGAGGUGCUGCAAGGGAGAGCCCAUUGUCAACUGAAGAUGACUCCCGUGCUUUGGGUAGUGGCAGCCAAAAAUCAUUCUGUCAGUCUGGUCAACAAACUCGUGGGUCCCACAUACUCGAGUAUCAUCAAAUUGGAAGUAUGGGGAUGAAUGUUCAACCUUCUAUCCUCCCUUUGCAGGCAUCAUACCCUCAAGGUCUGCCUCGAUCAGUGAUCCAAGGAUCAAAUCAGGAGCAAAGAUAUAUUGGGCACUCGCAGUUUGCCGGCCCGGCUGUUUCGAAUAAUGUCAUUGGCAUGGCAAAGGGAAACUUAACUAAUUUACAGAGAAGUCCAAAAGGAGCAGAGGACAUACAGUCUACAGGUACUGUACCAAGCCAUGACUCUUCUGGGUAUGCCUCCUUUGAUGGAUCAACUGCUCAAAAUUCUCAUAAUAAAGGAAUUGGUCAAACAAGUCAGGAUAUGCUUGAGCUUCUUCACAAGGUGGACCAGUCAAGGGAUGUCAAAGCUAUUGCUACAUCUGAUGCACCCGAAGCAGCUGCUUCUGAUAUCUCUGCUUCUCGUCCUCAACUUGUUCACUCUUCUGCCUUACAAGGUUUUGGCUUAAGAUUGGGUCCACCAUCACAAUGGCAACCAGUUUCAAACCAGCCUUCUCAGACUUCCUUACAUGAGUUUAGUAGUAAGCAACUUGACCACGAAUCGAGAAAUAAAGAUCGAACAUGGUCAGCUUCUACGGCUUCAGUUCAACCUCUGCCUCAUGAAGCAUCUAAAAUAGAACACUGGGACACUAGAUGCAGUGUAACUGGACAAACAUGCAGGGAAACCUCACAAUCAUAUAGUCAUGUCAACUCAUCAUCGACAGCUGCUUUAGAUCUUUCUCAUGCGGGAUUCCAGUUACAGCAGCAGUUGCAGCAACACCACAUGUCUAUAGCAUCUGGAAAUGAGACAAUGGAGUUAUCUGCAAAAGUUUCUCUUGGCAGUCAAGCCAAUGUAAAUUCAUCCAUUAAAAAUGUUCCUCUACUUAGACAGCCAAAUGAAUCUCAUGACAGAGUUUUAGCUGAUCAACCUUUUCAGACAUCAGUGCCUAAUCUGGCUGGAAGAAUUCCACCUUUCAGGCUUGCUUCCUCUGCUGAUACUCAUGCACCUCCUGCUUCACCAUUUUAUUCUGCACAGACAGAUCAUUCCCAACCAAUGGAUGCAGGCUUUUCUCGUACUGGACAUUCAGGCCAGCAACUCCCUGUAGUAGAACCUGGAUCAGGUUCACAACCUUCUACAUCAGGGAUGCCUCAGCAAGUUGGCUUCUCAAAAAUGUUGCAUAAAGUAUGGACAAAUGUAUCAGCUCAACGUCUAGCAGGCGUCCAGCCUCACAAGCUUACUCCUGCUAUACUUCAGUCGGUGAUUUUAUCAAGUAACAACAGGAAUGCAGGUCCUUGGCGCCCACAGAAGGUGGAUGAUCAAAAACAAAAGGGAGAAAAUGCUCCAUCUGAGUCUGGUACAUCUUCUGUCAAAUCACCACAAGCCAUCUAUGGAGACGAACAUCCGGUCAUGGAUAGUUCCUUGCAACAACUAUCUUCUGAGGGGUUGGAUGUUGCUGCUAAGACAGGCAUUGCAUUCCAGGGGCAAGAACCCAUGCGAAAGCAUAUGUUAGAAGGAAGUCCAUGCGAAAACAUCGCCACAGCAUGUAACUCACCGAUGGUACAUGUUCCCCUUACAAAUGCUGCAUCUUCUAGUGGCGAUGUUGGGUUGUAUUGGCACACUUCAGUACCUUCAGAUGUUAACCAGCAAAAUUACGCUCUGUUGCAUCAGAUGCAAGCCAUGAAAGGUGCUUAUUCUGAUCCAAGCAAGAGGCCCGGAAAAAGGCUUAAAGGGGCAGAUUUUGGUUCUGAUGCUUCACGGAUGGACUGGAAAGCAGUUCAGGGGCUUGUUUAUGGACAGAAUGCAGCCUUCAGGGUUCCUGCAGAUAGUGAACUGGGUGCAACUUCACACAGGUCAUUCGCAUCAGAUGUUAAAAUGCUCAGCUUUGCUUUAAGGGACAAUGAAGAGAGAAGUGCAAGCACAUGUUCCCAGAUCCCUGGUAGAGAAGCAUCUUCUCAGGACAUGCACAUUGUAGGAUGUCCUGAUCUUCAAACUCACAUUCACUCUUCUUCUGCAUGUUCUGCAUCAGGUCUAACAGGAGAAAGCAAGCACCCGCAAAUUAGUCCUCAGAUGGCACCCUCCUGGUUUGGACAGUAUGGAACCUACAAAAAUGGUCAGAUUCUUGCAAUGUAUGAUGGCCAGAGGACUAUAAAACCUGCCACACCGCAGUUUAAUUUCCCCAAAGCUUCUGGGAGCAUGGAUAAUAGUACCAUAGUAGCUCAAAGAAUGGAUACAGGUCAUGCUGGUGGUCUUGGGCGAAGUACAUUAUCUACGACCGUAGCUGCCAAUGAAUCAUCUCCUAGUUGCCUGCCUGCUGAUGUCAUAGACCAUGAUAUAGUUCCAAGAAAGAAGCGUAAAAGUGCAGCAUCAGAGCUUCUACCAUGGCAUAAAGAGGUUACAAAUGGUUCCCGUUGGCUGCAGACUAUCAGCAUGGCAGAGCUGGAGUGGACUCAAGCUUCCAAUAGGUUAACUGAAAAGGUGGAGGAUGAAGCUGAGAUAUUAGAGGAUGGUUUGUCAGUGCCUCAACCAAGAAGAAGACUAAUCCUCACAAGUCAGCUAAUGCAGCAGCUUCUUCCUGCUAUACCGGCUGCAAUUCUUAAAACAGAAGCAACUUCAGCUUAUGAAAGUUCAACAUAUUAUGUUGCUAAAUCAGCACUACUAGAUGCAUGCAGCUUGAUUGAUUGCUCAGGAAGUGAUUCCUGCAUGCAGUUAGACAAGGAAAAUAUGAUAUCAGAAAAACUUGAGACUUCGGAGAAAGUGGGAGACAACAUUUACUCCAAAGUUGUCGAGGACUUCAUUGGAAGAUCGAAGAAGCUGGAAAGUGAAUUCUUAAGGUUGGACAGGAGGACCGCCAUGUUGGAUGUACGACUGGAGUGCCAGGAGUUGGAGAGGUUUUCCAUCGUCAACCGUUUAGGCAAGUUCCAUGGUCGGAAUCACACAGAUGGAGUUGAGAGCUCAUCGACUUCUGAAAAUGCCCUCCGCAAAACAUUUCCACAAAGAUAUGUUACUGCACUUUCCAUGCCUGGAAAUCUUCCUGAGGGGGUUUUCUGUUUGUCUCUCUAGAUCAUUUAUUAAUUGAUUUUUUUUUUUUUAACCCCUGCCCCAUUCUUUUCUACUCCCCAUUUAUAACAUUCCAUAGGCACAUACAUGAACAUGAGACCGGGGGGUUGGGGCGCGGGGGAGGAGGUAACGUUCCAUAUAUAAUAUGAGGAAGCUGAGGCAACCUCAUAGAGGUGCCCGCCUCUGAAACAAGUGCCGCUUGUGUUCUCUUUUGCCCGAAGCACAGGUCUCUGUAUAUUCGUGAAAUUAAGGUAGGUUUGGUCUCGCAUCAUUUUCCGGAUGGAGAAGAGUUCAGCACCAUUAUAUAUUUCUCACAUCAUUUUGACUCAAAAUGGAUGAAUUGAAGAGAGUGGGGAUUGAAGAACUCUUCUCGCAGAGAACCAGUUCUCUCGGAUAUUUUAUUGAUAUGCAAUAGUCAAUUGAAUUCUUGUAUAAUGUAUUAGUAGCAUAUACAUGAUCACUAAUUUAGGCACUAAACCCAAAUUUUUGGAAUCAUAAAAGAAAACUUACUAAAAUUCGCAAGACCUAUAAACAUAUAGAUUUGGUGAAAA